AUGGAAGGAAAAAACGUAUAUUUUCGGUGCAUUUCGCUUUUUUAUUUCCGAAAAGGCAAAAACGCGUCGCAAACUCACAAAAAGAUAUGCGUCGUGUACGGAAAGAAUGCCGUAAGCGAAAGUGUGUGUAGAAAGUGGUUCCAAAAAUUUCGUUGCGGAGAUUUUGAUCUCCAAGAUGCUCCUCGCUUUGGUCGACCAGUCACUACUGAUCCUGAUCAAAUCAAGGCUUUAAUCGACUCCGACCGACAUUUGACAACUACGCAGAUCGGACAUAAUCUAAACAUUGAUCAUUCAACUGUUUCAAGACAUUUACGGAAGCUUGGGAUGGUAAAAAAGCUUGAUGUUUGGAUGCCGCACGAAUUGAGCGAAAAGAAUUUAAUUGACCGAAUGUCAGCUUGCGAUUUGCUGCUCAAACGCCAUCAAAACGAACCAUUUUUAAAGCGGGUGAUCAUUGGCGAUAAAAAAUGGAUUGUCUACAACAAGGUCAGUCGAAAAAGAUCAUGGUCGAAGUCCGGGGAGGCUGCUCAGACGGUCGCAAAAGCUGGGUUACACCCAAAGAAGGUCAUGCUCAGCAUCUGGUGGGAUUGGAAAGGCAUAGUCUAUUAUGAGCUGCUGCCACCCAACCAAACGAUUGAUUCGACCAAGUAUUGCUCACAAUUGGACAAAUUAAAGCGAGCAAUCGAUCAGGAGCGACCCGAAUUGGUGAACAGAAAAGGCGUUGUGUUCCACCACGACAACGCAAGACCACACGUUUCUUUGAUGACCCGACAAAAGUUAUUGCAGCUUGGGUGGGAUGUUUUGGUGCACCCACCAUGUAGUCCGGACCUUGCACCUUCCGACUAUCACUUAUUCCGUUCACUACAUAACAGUUUAAAUAAUAAAUCCUUCAGUUCCCUGGACGUUCUCAAAAAUCACUUAGAAGACUUCUUUGCAGAAAAAUCUCAAGACUUCUACAAACAAGGGAUAAUGAAGCUUGUGGAUAGAUGGCAGAAAGUCAUCGAACAGAAUGGGACAUAUAUAGUUGAUUAA